AUGGAUGACGGAAAAUCUCGUCCACGAUUGGAGGCGAUUUCUCAACAUGAGAAUGACCACGGAUCAGAAGGAGCGGCCGUUCUUCUUCUACUUCUCAUUCCCACAAGUGCACAGCGCCCAAUUCGCAAACGCAGAUUUCCGCGGUUCUUCCGUUCGAGGUAUUUAUGGUGCAUUUCAAUCAACGAAAUGUCAUGGGCUGUUGGUGAAGUAUUGAAUAGCAUUGUUAAAGCCGGCAUAGCCGAAAAUACACUUGUCAUUUUAAUGUCCGACCAUGGACCACAUAUUGAGCUGUGUCUGAAUGGAGGCUCCACCGUGUCUAUAAAGCGAGGAAAAGCAAAUUCGUACGAGGGUGGUUUCCGAAUCCCGUUCAUAGCUUGGCAGCCAGGUACGGUAAAAGCCGGACGGGUGUCGAAUGAGGUCAUCAGCAGCAUGGAUCUCUACGCUACCUUCCGGGAUAUGCAGACGUGCCAUAUCUCGAGGAGACAAAUGCCGCUCGACGGGACAAAUAUACUGGAUGAAUUGACAGGGAACAAGUGA